CACAUACAACGAUAUCAAUAUAUACGCACACAACUAAAUCUCAUCGAAAUUCCCUGCGUCCAUUUGCUUCUUUCUCGCUCUCUAAUAAAUUCUUAGAGAUCCUUCCAACAAAUCAUUUCUUCAGAUUGUUUUUAAUUCUGUGAAGAAGUUUUGUAUUUAAUCGGAGACUGGAUUCGGUAAAUGGAGAAUUUGAGGAAGGAAUGUGCGUGAGGUUAAGGAAAACGAUGCCGGAAUUAGCGUGUGAUUGCCAAUUUAGUGGCGGCGAUGGCGAUACGACGACGUCUUACUCGUUGUCGUCAAAUGGAUCAGUUUCGUCGAGUGGAUUCUGGUCUAAGCAUCGGAAUGAUGUUAGUUGCAAUCAACUCCAGAAGUUUUGGAAUGGGUUGUCACCACAAGCUAGGCAAAAGCUUCUGAGAGUUGAUAAGCAGACUCUAUUUGAACAAGCUAGAAAAAACAUCUAUUGCUCCAGAUGCAACGGGCUACUGCUGGAAGGUUUUUUACAGAUUGUCAUGUAUGGGAAGUCUUUACAGCAGGAUGCAAUAGUUAAUGGAUGCAGAACCUCAAACAAUAGAAACAAUGAAGAUGAUUGUGAUGAUGACAUUCAAGAUCCAGCUGUCCACCCUUGGGGAGGUUUAACUACAACUCGUGAUGGGACACUUACCCUCUUGGAUUGCUAUUUACAUUCAAAAUCUCUCAAGGGGUUACAAAAUGUGUUUGGUAGUGCAAGAGCAAGGGAAAGGGAGCGUGAAUUACUCUAUCCUGAUGCAUGUGGUGGUGGAGGUCGAGGGUGGAUCAGCCAAGGAACGGUGGGGUAUGGGAGAGGUCAUGGGACCCGCGAAACAUGUGCCUUGCAUACUGCUAGACUUUCUGUUGACACUUUGGUUGACUUUUGGUCUGCAUUGGGGGAAGAGACACGGCAUUCUCUUCUAAAGAUGAAGGAGGAAGAUUUUAUGGAACGCCUAAUGUACAGGUUUGAUAGCAAGAGAUUCUGUAGAGAUUGCAGAAAGAAUGUUAUUCGUGAAUUCAAAGAGCUAAAAGAAUUAAAACGAAUGAGAAAAGAACCUCGUUGCACUUCCUUUUUUUGUGUGGCUGAUACAAGUUUCCAAUACGAGGUAACAAGAGACACAAUCCGAGCUGAUUGGCAUCAAACUUAUGCUGACUCAGCAGGAACAUAUCAUCACUAUGAAUGGGCUGUUGGAACUGCAGAAGGAAAAUCAGAUAUAUUAGAGUUUGAAAAUGUUGGUUUGAAUGUAAGGGUUCAAGUCAAUGGUCUUGACCUUGAAGGUUUACAUGCAUGUUAUAUCACUUUAAGGGCAUGGAAAAAAGAUGGAAGAUAUAGUGAGCUUUCGGUCAAAGCUCAUGCUUUGAAAGGUCAACAAUGUGUGCAUUGUAGGCUUGUUGUUGGAGAUGGUUUUGUUACAAUUACAAGAGGUGAAAGCAUUAGGAGGUUCUUUGAACAUGCAGAAGAGGCCGAGGAAGAAGAGGAUGAUGAUUCCAUGGACAACGAUGGAAUUGAGAUGGAUGGAGAAUGUUCCCGACCUCAAAAACACGCGAAAAGCCCCGAACUUGCACGAGAAUUUCUAUUGGAUGCUGCAACUGUUAUUUUCAAGGAACAAGUUGAAAAGGCUUUUAGAGAAGGAACUGCACGUCAAAAUGCACAUAGCAUUUUUGUAUCUCUUGCACUAAAAUUGUUGGAAGAACGUCUUCUUGUCGCAUGCAAAGACAUCAUCACCUUGGAAAAACAGUUUAAACUCCUUGAAGAAGAAGAGAAGGAAAAGAGAGAUGAAGAAGAAAGAAAGGAGCGAAGAAGGGCAAAAGAAAAGGAAAAGAAACUUCGUAGGAAAGAGAGACUCCGGAAUAAGGAAUUAGAAAAGGAAAGAGAGAAUUGUCAACGGAAUCAAGUAAUCCCUGUUUCCAUUCCCCAUGAGGAAGAAGAGGAGCCAACACAUGCCAAUGACACCAUAAAUUUGCAAUGCAAAUCAGAACAAGAUUCCGUGUUAUCGGAAGAUUACAUUCCGGAAGAGCAGAAUUCAAACCAUGAUCGGAAUCCUGAUUCCGACAUUCAACAUCCUCGGAGGAAAUCAAAAUUCUGGGAUCAAUCCUUAAAGUGGUCUGACAGAGGACGAUUUCCAGUGGUAUCUGAAAAUAACAGACUGUUAAGAAACAACAGUCCACGGGUCAACAUAAGGUCUAAUGGAUCAUCAAGGUUACAUUGUUCUCAUAACAAGUCAAAUGACAGAUAUGCCCCUCAUGGUUGUAAUUGUUACCAAACCGAUUACAGACCUAAAUCGGAAUAUGUUCAUGAUAAAGCCAACAGAAAUAAAACCAACAGAGAUUCACAAUGUGUGAAGAAAACAUGGGAACCUAUGGAAACACAGAAAAGAUACACUUACACCCCUCCUACUUUCAAAACCGACCCUGUGAACCCUGAUUUAUCAAACGAGAACACAAUAAACACCGAAGAGAAUGAUUUGAAGGAAUUGAAAAAUACAGAAGUUGAUACAACAAUUAGCAAUUCCAAUUCCGAUAGUUCAUCGUGUCUAAGCGAAGGAGAUGGAAAUACUUCGGUUUCAUCUACCACCCAAAAUUUAGAAUCCUCGUCUACAUCGGAUUCAGAAGAUGUAAUUAUAAUAAAAGAAACCCCACUAAACACAAAGGAAUUACCAAAUGAAAAGAACAACGGAAUUACAGAUUCCAUUCCGGUUAGUCAACCUCCAUUACAACCUCAAGGAAUCCACUUUCCGGUGUUUCAACCUCCUUCCAUGGGUUAUUACCAUCAAAGUCCAGUCCCUUGGGUGCCAAUUCCGUUCCCACCGCCACAUCCAAACCAUUACCUAUUCCCGAGUCCAAUCGGGUACAAUUGGAAUGGGAAUUCGCAAUUCCAUCAUUAUAGUCCUUUGGCUCCACCGUUAGUUAACCACAGUCAACAUCCAAUGUACCAAUCGGUCCCACAUGUCAACAAGGUGAUUGAAAUUGAAACAGCAUCUCCUCCCAUCAAAGGAGGGCAAAAUGGGAAUUGUGAGAAAACAAUGAAGGGUAAUACGGAGUUUUCGCUAUUCCAUUUUGGUGGGCCGGUGGAUCUUUCGAACGGGUCGGUUGAGAUUGAUUCCGGUGUUGGAUUGAAGGGAUUGGGAGAUGGUUAUGCUUGUGGAAAGGAUGUUGUUGAAGUUGAAGAGUAUAAUUUAUUUGCAGCGAGUAAUGGAAUACGGUUUUCGUUCUAAUUUGAUGUUGGAAUGGAAUCGUGUAACAAAACCACAAGAACAACUACGGAAUCGGAAUCGGAAUUGGAAUUGUGUACUUUGAUUGGUUGUAUUAUCGUUUGAUUUUUUUAUUUGAUGUAAAGGUAUAGAGAGAGAUUUGCCUGUAUGAGGUUUGUUCUUUUCCUAUAGCAAUGGAGCAUUUGCUUAAAAUUGAUUGUGCA